UUCGCAUACCAUAUGGUCACACUUUCAUCUAUAAGUUUACAAAGGCGCAGGUUUCAUCAUCAAAACGAAAAUAUUAAAAAGCCGGUGGAUGUACAAAGAGUGUGGGACAUUGGAGCUUAACUGCCAGACUAAAUGGCGUCAGGGGAGCCGGAGGGGAUGGAGCUGCAUCCGGAGGAAGCCGUUGAAAAUGAAGAACAUCUGCCGGGUGAAAUUGUUCGGUGCUCUGCAGGGAAUCUAAGCUACAAUGAAUUUUUUUGGCGAUUUAUGCACAAAAACUGGCCAGUCGUUAUAACGGACGUCUCCAGAGACUGGGAGUGCUCCAAACAGUGGACAACGGUGUCUAAAGCCACAGACGUCAACUCCAACCAGCCAAGUUCGUUCCCCUCCGAGCCUUCCUCCGCCAUCAACUUUGACUACCUCAAACAAAAGAUUGACAACUGUCCGGUCCCGGUUGCCGAUUGCAAUUCCUCGUACUUCAAUAGCCACACAAAGUUGGAGCUUAGGUUCCACGAUUAUCUCGACCGAUGGAGAAGUAGCAUCGAGGCGAAUCGGUCGUCGGAACUCAAUAGUAAUGUAGAUAUCCGGACCACGGACAACCUCUACCUCAAGGACUGGCAUCUGGCUGCCCAAAUGCCGGGCUACAACUUUUACAAGGUGCCUAAAUACUUUGCCUCUGACUGGCUGAACGAAAUGCUGGUCGACCAAAAGAGAGAUGACUAUAGAUUCGUCUACAUGGGACCCAAAGGAUCAUGGACUUCCUACCAUUCGGACGUGUUUGGCUCCUUCAGCUGGUCCACCAACAUAAUGGGUCACAAAAAGUGGCUUAUCAUGCCGCCAGGCGAGGAACACAAACUAAACGAUCGCCUGGGGAACGUCCCAUUCAGUAUAGAUGAGCAGUUGCUAGAAGAACAUGGUGUGAACUACUAUACCAUCAACCAAAGAGCCAACGAAGCCGUUUUUGUGCCCAGCGGCUGGUUUCACCAGGUGUGGAACUUAACCGAUACCAUAUCCGUAAAUCACAACUGGUUCAACGCCUGCAACAUCGCCACGGUGUGGCAGAAUCUUAGAAGCAACCUCAAUGCGGUGAGGGAGGAAAUAUCAGACUGCCAGAUAAUGGAUAAUUUUGAGGCCCAUUGCCAGACUAUGCUGAGGGCCAGUUUUGGCAUCAACUACCUCGAUUUUAUAGAACUCCUUGAGUUCAUAGCCGAUCGCCGAAUAACCCAGGCCAAUAAAACAUCCGCUCAGUUUUUAAUGUUCAAUAGUUAUACAAUGAACGACUACCAUGUGCAAUAUGAUCUCGAGUGUUUAAGGAAGACCUUAAGGCAAAUGUCAGAAGAUUCGACUAUUACUCAAAGCCCACUUCAGUUAAGUGAGCGGUGCCAGAAGUUGAAGCACCGAUUGGAAUUUUAGUCAUCUGCAAGGAUGCAGAAAAGACCAUGGAAUAUUUUUAUACCACGUGUAUUCAUGUAUUGAAACUAGUAAUAUUAAUUUCUGUAAACUGUUAUUUAUUAUUACAAUAACUAAAGUAUUGUAA